CGCUCAAAAGACUUCAUAGCCAGAGGUCAGGGCGAUGGACCUGUAGUCGUCAAGUCCUGUGAUCCUUGUUUUUUUGGGGAUGGGGAUGAUGAUGGAGGCACUGGGAUGGGUGGUUGAGAGGCAUGGGCCCCUGCUGAGCUGGGAGAGGGGGACCUGGUGGUCUGGAGCUGGUGGAAUGGGUCAUGUUGGGUGGGAUCAGUUCCAUUGUCUAUCAAAGCGACAGUAAAACUCCAGGCGGAGGUUAUUCAUGGAGUGGGGGGCUUUAGGCUUGUUUGUUAUCUGUCUGAAACCUCUCACAGAAGCACUCACGCCACAUCUCUUAAACAGUAAAGAUUGACAUUUAUCUGGAGUCCUCAUUUCAUUUUAAUUACUCGGACAUUUGAUUUUCAUAACUGGACUCAGUAAUUGUGUUUCUUUUGAUUUAAUGGACAUGUUGUGUUUAAGACUGUAUUUGAGUAUGAACCAAACGCUUUUGAUUUGAUUCCUGAUGUUUGUUCAAAAUACACCUGACUUAAAUGAUACAACUUGAUUAAUUGUUUGGGUUUCGCUUAUGAUGCAUUUCGGUUAAGGUUAUCUCUCCAACAGUUCAAAGUAACAUUUUCCUAAAUUGACAAGGUAGAAGUGUUAUUAUUCUCCCGUCUAGUGCCCAACUCCUACUUUGGAUAUUUGAGAGUAAAACCUACGCUACAAUACAAUGCUGUUGCAAUGUAUGUGCCUGGACAUUGUUUGUGACAAAAAUAUGAAUCUAUCCUUUCAGUUGGUCAAAGUUUAAAAAUUAAACUUAAACAAGGUACGUGUACAUUUUUUUUGCAGGAUGCUGGGGGCUCCCACAUUCCACAUGAGCCCUUGAAUGCACCAGUGUAGGUGUCCUUGUAACUGCCUGAAGAAAAACUAAACGUCAUUAGCAACAGCACCGCUUCGGCCCUUCAAUGGUGGAGUUGUUCCUCACAUGCUAGGUGUCAGCGUGUCAGAGCCUGCACACGUUUUUGAGUGCAGCUUUAGACUCCAUCACGUCUGUUUUCUCUGUUCGGUGUUUUUGACACGCAGCCGGUGUCCUUCACUGCGGUAAUGGAGUGUCGUGUGUUGUCCAUUCAGAGUCAUGUUGUCAGGGGAUACGUCGGGAACAAGUCGGCAUCAUUCCCUCUGCAGGUGCUGGGCUUUGAAGUGGACUCGAUCAACUCUGUGCAGUUCUCCAAUCACACAGGCUACGCCCAUUGGAAAGGGCAAGUACUGACAGCAGAAGAGCUAAAUGAACUGUAUGAGGGCAUUAAGCUCAAUAACGUGAACCGCUACGACUACAUCCUCACAGGGUACAGCAGAGACACGUCCUUCCUGGAAAUGGUGGUUGACAUCAUUCAGGAGCUGAAGAAGGCCAAUCCCAGCCUGGUAUAUGUUUGUGAUCCUGUUAUGGGAGACCACGGGGCUAUGUACGUUCCAGAGUAUCUGCUGCCAGUCUACAGGGACAAAGUAGUGCCUUUGGCCGAUAUCCUCACCCCCAACCAGUUUGAAGCAGAGCUGUUAACUGGGAGGAAAAUCACCACAGAGGAAGAUGCUGUUGAGGUGAUGGACCUGCUUCAUAAAAUGGGUCCAGAGACCGUGGUCCUCACGAGCACAGACCUGCCCUCGAGACGUGGGGACCAGUUCCUGGUGGCCCUCGGGAGCCAAAACAUAGUGAAAGCAGAUGGGACCAAAACCAUUCAGAAAAUCUGCAUGGACAUCCCCAAAGUGGAUGCUGUGUUUGUGGGGACAGGAGACCUGUUUGCUGCCAUGUUGCUAGCCUGGACUCACCAUCAUCCUAAAGACCUGAAGGCUGCCUGUGAGAAGACUGUUUCCGUCCUGCACCAUGUCAUUAAGAGGACCAUGACUCAUGCCAAUGAGAUGGCCGGCCCUGGGAAAAGGCCCAGUCCUGCACAACUGGAGCUGAGGAUGGUUCAGAGCAAAGCGGACAUUGAGAAUCCUGCCGUUAUAGUGGAAGCUACGCUUUUACAAAAGUCUUCACGCUGAAGAUCGUAACGUUACCCUGGACAUUGACAUCUCGCUGGUACAAAUCGACUUUGAAUCUGGGCGGGCCGCCAGACACGUGUAGGAUUUGUCUCGUGUCUCUGCCUUACAGAAACUCUGAGGGAGUACAAAUGUUUUCAUGAGCGCUGUCAGCAGGAUGUGUUGUAUGUACAUUCUGCUCACAAACAUACUGGAAUCACUGCCAUAUGCGUCUGUACUAUGGUCUGUGUAGACAUCUACCAUUCAAAAGAAGAAGAAAAACACCAUUAGCCAACUAUGUUUAGGUUUAAAGAUAAUUUAAGUGUACUUCAAUCCUCAACAUGGUGAACAUCAUUUCUUGCCAUUAAACAACUCAUAAAUAGAUGCAUGGCCAUGCCUCUACUUGCUUUGGCUAUGAUCGUAAAUAAGGACUAGUCACAAGGCAUAGUUUAUCAUGCAUUUUAGGUAAAGUGUUAAACCUUCUACGUGCAGUAGGAUGCAGUUAAUAUGUAGUCUAUACAGUUUCACUUCAAUUGUAUCUUAAUGAUAAUCAUGAGAAUAGUUGAUGUCUAAAAUUGUUCUUUUAAUCAACUUUCUGGAAAUGUUUUUCACCUUUUUUAAUUUUGAUGUCUUGAACUAGCAGAUGUAUAACAUGUUAGAUCCAUGUCUUAAGCAUCUCAAAUUGAGGUAUUUGCACAGAUAAUCUUUAAUAUAUUUCCUAACAAUCAUUGUUUUCUUCUUUGACUGUUGUCAUAUCUCAACAAAAGAGUCGGUAUGAGAGACCAUGCUGUAUAAUAGCCUUAAUGGGGGGUAAGAAGAAAUACGUUGGUGAAUGUUUUCAUGUACCGAUGUAAUAAUUGAUCCUCGCACAUGUUGGAAAGUUAAGUGCCAAGCCUUGAGCUGCUGCUCUGACAGAAGAAACAGCAAUAUAACAACAGAAAUAAAUUAUUCAUAUUUUACUGAA